CGCUCCGGCCACCGAAUAGUGUAAGUACAAACAGUGGGCACUUUGACUGUCAAAACCAGCUUUAUUGUGCCAAUAAGCAGAAUUUACAUCGGGAAAAACUCAACUUUAGAGAUAUAGGAACACCAUGGCACUAUCUAAACGGGGCUGGUCAAAUGUUGAGGCUAUCAUGCCCAAGAUCAAAGGCGCCGUGACCGAGCGUAUGGCAAAGACAACCACGAACAUCGACCUUUCGACCGCAGAGAAUUGGUUGCUUCGACCGGAAUUAGUGGAGAUUUGUCGCAACGCCGUAAAACAAAACCUGGAUGAAAAACACUUCUCUUAUCCAAGGGGAUUCUCCGGAGAUCCCGACCUUCUGGAUGCUUACUGUGCUUUCUUCAACAAAUACUUCAAACCAUACAGGAUUGUAGAGCCGUCACAUCUGGCCACAGCUCCAGGUGCAAUGGCGGGUCUCGACACACUCCUGUACAACAUCUGCGAUCCCGGUGAUGGUGUGCUAAUACCUGGUCCAUAUUGGAAUGGAUUCGACUUUGGAGUAAGAGUGCGAUCAUCAGUAAAUCCGGUUCUUGCGAUCGUGCCGUCGAUUAUGGAUAAUUUCGAGGAAGGUCCGUUUCUUAAGGCUUUAGAGGAAGCGCUUUCAUCAGCGAAUUGUCCGGUCAAGGCCCUGAUGUUUACGAGCCCGCAUAACCCUUUGUCACUAUGCUAUACCAGGCCACUGGUGGAAGCAUGUGUUCGGUUCUGCGAGAAACAAGAUCUUCAUUUCAUCUGCGACGAGGUAUACGGAAUGUCGGUGUUCAAUUCUCCGGAUAUGACGAAUCCGCAGGGAUUCGAAUCAGUCCUCUCAUUGAAUCUCGAAGAGCUCGGCGUCAACCCCGCGCGAGUUCACGUCGUAUGGAGCAUGAGUAAGGACUUUGGGCAAAGCGGCUUCCGGAUGGGUGUCACAAUCACGCAGUCGAACCAGGAGAUGGCAGUUGCUGCCGCGCUAGCUGCGCAGAUGCAGGUCUCUACGCUUUCCGCCACCUUCGUCACUGCAUUACUUACAGCGCCUAACCUCGAUGAGCUUAUUCAACUAAAUAAGAAGCGAUUGGCAGAGGCCUAUACCAAGUUGACUAAAUUUUUCAAGGAGCAUGAUAUUCCAUACAUACCAUGCAACGCUGGGUUGUACGUCUUUGCAAAGAUAGCGCCAAAUGCAGAAACCUGGGAGGAUGAGAGCGCAGUCAUCGCAAAACUGAAGGAUGUGGGAGUGCAUGUCAGUCCAGGAAAAGCAUACCAUGGACCAGAGAAUGAGAAAGGUUGGGCCAGGAUAGGGUUCGCCGUGAAACCGCAAGACUUGGACGAGGCCAUAAGAAGGAUGGAGCCUGUUUUCAGUAGGCCCUGAAUGACCGCCUUCUUACAAGAUAAGGAAGUGGAGCUACAAUCCAGAUACGGGAAA